GUAGGUCUGUUUUCAAACGGACAGAGGCUUUAGCACCGGUAGAAAGUAACAGAGAGCAACGUUUAUUGUAUUUAUCAGGUUUGUCUUCAACAAAUAACUUCUUCCAAUGGAUUUGGACGGCGGAAACUACGAACCAGGAUUUGUUGGGAUACGGUUCUGUCAAGAAUGCAAUAACAUGUUAUACCCUAAAGAAGACAAGGAGAACCGCAUCCUGCUGUAUGCGUGCAGGAACUGUGACUACCAACAAGAGGCAGACAACAGCUGUAUCUAUGUCAACAAAAUCACCCAUGAGGUUGAUGAACUGACACAAAUCAUCGCCGAUGUAUCUCAGGAUCCAACACUGCCAAGAACAGAGGACCACCCCUGUCCCAAAUGUGGUCACAAGGAGGCAGUGUUCUUCCAGUCUCACAGCAUGAAAGCUGAGGAUGCUAUGCGACUGUACUACGUGUGCACGGCUCCCCACUGUGGACACCGGUGGACAGAGUAAAAGCUGGUGAUGAUAAAGCAGAGGUCUAGCAUUUGCAUCUACAGUGUUGCUGUUCACAAAAAGUAUUGCUAGCUGCAGCUCAACUAGAGAGAAUCCUAUACAAACACACUGAGAACUGUAAGUAGAGUGAAUGCAAAAGGCUGCUGUUGGUUUUGUUAAACAGCAGCGCUGCUGACCCAUUUAUCAUCUUGCUAUGGUGGCUCAUAUCUGUCAUUAUGUGAAUAUAUGGUAAUAGUUUUUUUUAGAAAUUGUCAUUUUCAAAUGUGUAUUGUUAGAUUAAAAGAAUCAGGUUUUUCUAACA